CUCAUCACACCCCAUGCCAUCCGGGUGCAGACUCCGCCCCGCCACAUCCCAGGGGUGGUAGAGGUGACCCUCUCCUACAAGUCCAAGCAGUUCUGUAAAGGCACGCCCGGACGCUUCAUCUACACAGCCCUGAAUGAGCCCACCAUCGAUUACGGCUUUCAGCGGCUGCAGAAGGUCAUCCCCCGACACCCUGGAGAUCCAGAACGCCUUCCCAAGGGUUGUAUAUGUGAACGCUCGUCUAACUGUGUUCUCCUGUGGCAGGAGAUUAUUCUGAAGCGGGCGGCGGACAUAGCAGAGGCUCUCUACAAUGUUCCCAGGAACCACAACCAGCUGAGCGGCCUGGGCAAUAGCUCUGUCCACGCAGGCAUGAUGGGGGUCAACUCCUUCCCUGGCCAGCUGGCCGUCAAUGUGUCCGAGUCCUCCCAGGGAGCCAAUCAGGGUUUCAGUCGGAACACGAGCAGCGUGUCUCCACAUGGCUAUGUGCCCAGCUCCACCCCCCAGCAGACCAACUACAGCUCUGUGACCACCAGCAUGAACGGCUACGGCAACACUGGCAUGUCCAACCUGGGAGGAUCCCCCAGCUUCCUCAACGGCAGCGCUGCCAACUCGCCCUACGCCAUCGUUCCCUCCAGCCCCAACAUGGCGUCCUCCACCAGCCUGCCCUCUAACUGUAGCAGCUCUUCUGGGAUCUUUUCCUUCUCCCCUGCCAACAUGGUGUCGGCCGUCAAGCAGAAGAGCGCCUUCGCCCCCGUGGUGCGACCCCAGACCUCACCCCCGCCCACCUGCACCAGCACCAAUGGCAACGGUCUCCAAGAUCAGUCUUUUGUGGACUCUAGCAAGUACUCCACAGCCAGCUCGCUGCAGGGCCUGGCCUUCUCCUGAAUGAUUCCUGGAAUGAUCGUCCCCAUGUAAGCGGUGGUGUGUGUGAGGUGAGGAGAAGGACACACACACCCAGACAUGGAUCUCAGCAUGUACAUAAGGCUCCGGUUUAGGACUGGAUCGUUCCAGUCCUGCAUUGAAGGAAUGGAACCCGUAACUCAGGCCCUUUUUAAAAGGAAUCACAUUUGAACAAAAAGAAGACGAAGAAAAAAAAAAAAAAA